AUGGUUUCCCUCCGACGGAUGACGCUGCUUCGCCUCCUGCUGCUGUCGGCCAUGUUGGCUCUGCUCCUCUUCAUCAGCUCCUUGUGGCUCCCUCAGGGAGGAGUCAGAGACUGUGGCAGCGCCUGGCAGCCAUGUUUGACUUUUUACCGCCAACCGCCCGAGCCUCCAUUGGUCCCUGAGGAGCCAGACGAAGCCCCGCCCCUCAUACAGGAGUGUCCCGGCCAAUCGUUUCAGGCCUGGCUUCUGCUGCGGUAUUUGAAGUCCAGCCUGGGGAACGCCGAUGACGUCCUGCUGGAGCCGUACCUGCAGAGCUGGGAUCAGCUGCUCAAUUUCAUGGAGUCUCUCGGGACGAUGGUCGGUUUCUUUUCUCAGAAGGUGAAGGCCAAGGUUGUGCUGAUACGAGAGCUGUCACUCAAACACAGCGGGGAGGCUCAUGGGAAAGCGUAUCGUUCUGUUCGAUCCAUGGUGGAGGCGGAGCUUAAAGCGGGCGUGGUCGACUUCACAUGGCGAACAGAGUCGGGCUGCAGGACGCUGCUGCGGCUGCAUCGGUCUCUGCUGUGGUUGAAGCUCAUGUUGGAGGGAUUGACUGAAGGGCCCGACGCCGAUGGACGAUACAGAACACCUGGAGAGCUGUGCAGAGACGCCUACAGGGUGGCGUUGGCCCCCCACCACCCCUGGGUGCUCCGUCAGGCUGCAGAGUUAGUCUUCCUCGCCCUUCCGGACCGGCCCUUCUUCCUGCGGCUGGUUUGUGCGCGGACGCAGCAGGAGGCCACGCCCGUCCUGCGAAUCAUCAUCCGCGCCAUCGCUAACGUGCACGCGCAAACUGAGCGGAUUCUGGCUGAACACAACAUGCUGGAGCUUCCCUGAACGCAGCACGGCAAAACCCUGAUAGGCCAUUUAUUUUUAUUUUUUAAAUCAUAUUUAUU